CUGCUGUCUUGAAGGGGAAAAUGCUGAUUAUAUUCCACUUACUGCUGCUGCUCAGAGUGAAGCGAUGCACAUCUGAUCGGAUCUUUGAGACACGAACCGCUGGUGUUGGACAUGAUGUGGAUUUGACAUGUAGCCGCCAGAAGUCGGAGUACAGUGCCAACUUAUUUUGGAUCAGGCUCGUUUCUGGAAACUUUCCUGAAGUUUUAGGAGUAACACCUACAUUUAACUAUACAGAUGUUAUUGAGACCCCUCACUUUACAGCAAAGCAAGAGCCUGGGAUCUUUCUUCUACGGAUCAAAAAAACUGAGCGAAGCGAUACUGGAGUUUACUAUUGCAUAAGAGUAGAACAGCUUGUCAUGACAUUUUUAAAAGGAACAUUUCUUAGGAUUAAAGGACCAGAACCUGAUGUAUCUACAGUCAUUCAAGUCCCUCCGUCUGAUCCAGUCGGUCCAGGAGACCCAGUGACGCUGCAGUGUUCAGUCCUGUCUGACUCUGAGAACAACACGUGUCCAGGAUAUCACCGUGUGUUCUGGUUCAGAUCUGGUUCAGAUGAAUCUCAUCCCAGUUUGAUUCAUGCUCAUGGAAACAGUCGUGAUGAAUGUGAAAAGAACCCUGAAGAUCACUCGCCCCAGAAAUGUGUCUACAACUUCUGUAAGAACGUUAGCUCGUCUGAUGCUGGGACUCACUACUGUGCUGUGGCCACAUGUGGAGAGAUUUUAUUUGGACGUGGAACAAAAGUGGACAAUAAAGCAUCCAACGUGUGGGAUGUACAGAAGACCAAUACAGUUCUGUCAUGUGCUACAUUCACUAUAAGUCUGAUUGUUAUCGGCUUCCUGAUUCAUAUCAUCAAGGAGAAAAUGUGUGAUUGUUGCAAAGAGGCUGUGACUGUCCGUGGUAGUCAGCCAAAUCAGCAGAGAGAUGAGGACUUGUUGGUUUAUUCUGCAUCAACCAUCACUAGGAGGAAAGCUGCUAACGCAGGGAGAGGAAAAUCAAGUACUGCAGAGGGAGAAACGGUUUACUCUGAAGUCUGGUUUUAUGCGAUAAACUAACAGUGCAAACAUUUGACUUGAUAAAUAAAGAUGAGAUCAUUUGUGAUUUGCACACUGCUGGGAAGAGUCGGUCCUCCACCUCCCACGACUCACUAUGUCACCUUUGAAACGGCGUAUUACGAGGUUUGUGGUCCUUUUAAAGACCACAGACACGCCUGUUAGAGCUCAGCAGUGGACCUGUUCAGUCUGUCAAGUGUCUGUUUUUGUCCAUGGAUUUCCUUAUUUUCUGUAAAGUAAUCGUGCUGAUUCUCUGCCAUGUCACCCUUACCUGUACAAGCUCAUUAACCAUGCAUUGGAAAAGCCCACUAUGCUCUGAGGUGAAACAAAGUAUUUGUGACGUAUCUCCUGUCACUGGUAGAGGAGCUAUUUUGGGAAACGGUCGAUCUGGUCUAUUUUACCACAUACGACAUAGUUCGUCGUAGGAAUUGGAGGACUGUUUUUUUGGGAAUAUACUUACAAUCAGAUAUUUGACAUCUGAUGGAGAUGUCAAGAAUGUUUUAUUUGGAUAACUUUUUUUUUUUAAAGUAUAUUUACACAACUGGGAUUAUGGAAAUUAUUUUGGGGCUAUAUCUGGUACAAUAAAUGUUUUGUGCAGCGUCCCUGUUAAAUAACAACAAACGAAUAAAACCAACUCUCUUGUACUAAA